GGAAGAGAAUCAUGAACUGCAGGGGGCAUUGACUGUGACUGCGCCACGGCGUCUAUGCUCGUGGCGGAUACCUGUAUGAUGUUCUGAGUCUAAAACCAGUGCUUGUCUGAACAGUGCUGCUGCUGCGCCGCCGCCGUCUUGUCCAUGCGGUGAUGAUGGAUUCUGGCAGCAGACGAUCUGGUUGGCGGCGACGAGGAGCAGACACAAUAUUCGCAGUGUCAUGUUCCGCUGCCCAAUCGUGAGUACUGAUUUGGCUUGCCGCAAAUAGUGAGUCUUGAUUGGCGGAUGGCCACCGUCUGUGUGACAUUUAUGGUAGGGAUCCUAUGGCCUGACACCACAAAGGCCUUGGGAAGUCAAUUCGUCAUCAUCGUGGUGGCGGACUUACGCGCUUUCAGCGAUCUAACGUGGGCAAUGUCGCCUAUGCACACGAGUACACGCAACAUGAUACUUACAAACAUUCCGGCCGUGGUUCCAGCCAAUACAAACCCCGUCCGGACUCAACAGCCGCUGCCACUACUCAUUGCAUCAAGGUAAGAGUAGCACACCUAUCCUGGCUACGGGGUAUAUAGUGCAUCAUCGACUUGGGACCUAAGACGAUAAGUGGCCAGCAAAGAAAGUCAUGAUGGGAAAACGUAUCUUAGCACUAGUCUUGAUAUCACAUCAAAUGACAGCACCAGGUGUGAGGGCUUGUGGGAUAGCAUUGGGUUGCACCAUAUCUUGUCUCGAGAUGUAUAUAUACCACUCACGGCAAUGGUUCUCUUUCAUAUCUUUCAGUACUUCUCAUCAGAAAACGCCACAGACGAAGACUUCCUAUCAUCAGAUCUUGAACCGUUCGACGAAAUGUCCGACUCGACCAACAAAUCCCACGCCACCGGUGGCUCCAUUGUGCCAGAAACAGCGCAGGAGAAGCUCCCCAAGGGGGUUGAACAAUCCGUCCCAGAUUCCGUGCACGAUACGAAUUCAUCUGUUAGCCAUGCUACCGGUGAAUCGAUGGUGCCGGAAGAAAUUCAGAAAAUUGCUCCAGCCAGCCUCGAGAAGGCUUUGCCGGAGAGCAUCCAUCCUACCGAGGGUUCAAGUAUCGACAAGUAA